AUGCAUUUACGUGUGUAUCUGCCUGUAUUUAUUCACCUGUAUAUCUACCUGUGUGUCUGUCUGUCCAGGUUUGUCCAGAGGAGUCCUGUCACUUUACUUAGCAGCAGCAUCAUCGUUCACAUCAUCCAGUGCGCUAUCGCUGCCACCUCAUUGGACCACCGAGACGCCAACUGCAGUGUCAUGAAGUUUGUCCGAGACCUGAUCCACACCGGAGUGUCCAACGACCACGAGGAGGACUUUGAGGUGAGGAAGCAGCUGAUUGGUCAGGCCAUGGAGCAGCACGGCCAGCAGCUGGUCACUCAGCUGAUGCACUCGUGUUGUUUCUGUCUGCCGCCGUACACGCUGCCCGAUGUGGCCGAGGUGCUGUGGGAGGUGAUGGUGUUUGACAGACCGGUGAGUAUUCAGAGGGCUGCCUGUCCAGGUGACUCACCUGUUGGCCCUCAGGUGUGCUCAUGUUCUGCCUUCUGUUCCAGAC